GGAAGUCAAGGCCCGUGGAGGGCAGUGCUUCCAGGGAAGAGCGAGGUGACCCCGGUGCCGCUGGAGUCUGAGACGGUGCAGACAUGGGGGCACAUCUGGCCCGGCGCUACCUGGGAGAUGCAUCCACGGAGCCCGACCCCCUGCGGAUGCCCAGCUUCCCUCCCGACUACGGCUUUCCAGAGCGCAAGGAGCGUGUGAUGGUGGCCACACAGCAGGAGAUGAACGAUGCCCAGCUGACCUUGGAGCAGCGUGACUACUGUGCCCACUACCUCAUCCGACUGCUCAAGUGCAAGCGUGACAGCUUCCCCAACUUCCUGGCCUGCAAACAUGAGCAGCAUGACUGGGACUACUGCGAGCACCUAGACUAUGUGAAACGGAUGAAGGAGUUUGAGCGCGAGCGGCGGCUCCUCCAGAGGAAGAAACGGAGGGAAGCAAGGGAGGCCCGGGCAGCCCAAGGCCAGGGAGACGGGGAAGUGGGCCCAGAGAUGGCCCUGUAGGGGGUCACUCACUAGCCUAUGGACCUGUCAGUGAAAUAAACGCCUCAGGGCACCUCACCCAG